AUGCGUCUUUGUUCUCUGUCCUUCACGUUGGCCGUGGGGCAUCUCGUUGCCGUACUUGCUGCACCGCUUGAUCCCCAUGGAUCCCACUUGGAUGCACGCUUUCGGAACGACCCCGCUCCAAACCCAGGUGCCCCGGCCCGAAUUGAAGAAUACGAACCUGCCUUUAUUCAUUUCCCUUGGGGCAUUCAAGGGCAGGAAGAUGUACCCGACCACGUACAGCGGCGCGUGAUUCGGAAAUUGAACAAUCUCAAAUUGGAAGACUCGAGUCUUCCCUUACCAGUGACUUCGACUCUCGGGAAUAUCCGGUUCGUUCAUAAUUGGCAGGAGGGACUUGCGGUUGAUGCCGCAUUCUCAUUCGGGUGGUGGAAUCAGCACUCGAGGUUGCUAAACUGGGAGAGCUUAUCCGCAGGGAGUGCUGCCUAA